UAUUUGGCAUUGUCUUAUUUAAAAAUAAUCCUCAUUCUUUCUUUAUAAAAUCUCACUAGUGAGGCCAUCCGUAUCCCUCCCCCCUCUCAUUUCCACUACCAUCAAACCCCCCGCAACGCCGCUACCUCCCGAGGGCAAACCCUAAAACUCUCUCUCCCCCUCCCGCCGACCACCACCGUCUCCACCUCUUCUAAUGGCGGCGACAUCAAUCUCCUCUGACCCCGCCGCCGCCGAGGGUCCCGUCCUCAGCGUAAUCAGCAAACGCAUCCGCGCUCUCCGCAAGAAACUUAACCGUAUCGCUCAAAUGGAAGACUCUGUUUCUCAAGGCAAAACCCUCAACAAAGAACAACAGGACGUUCUCCGCUCUAAAUCCUCCGUUGUCGCUCUCAUCGAUGAGUUUGAGAAGCUUCGCGCUCCUCUCUCCUCCGCCGUUGAAGAAGAACACUCCAUUGCUCUCUCCUCCACACCUCCGCCUUCUUCAGCGGAGGAACAACAACCUUCAUCGGAGAAUAACGAUGAAAUUUGUAACAACGAUGAAGAUGUUGCUGUGAAGGAUCUGCUGGAUUUGAUGUAUUUUGGGAGCUUGUUCGAUGUGAAACCUCAGAGUGACUUCACUUCAUUGAUGUUGACUCGUACUCAUGAGCGUGGUUGCUGCUUGACUUACGAUUAUGUUACUGAUGAUGCUACUGAUCUACUUGUCGAGCGCGAUUUGGAUUUGAUUUCGGCGUUGCAAGGGCUGAUGAUAUCUCGUCCGGUGAAUUCGUCUUUGUCACAUCAGAAUGCGUUGGAGAGGUGCAUUCACCAUGCUAAGCUCUGGCUUUCCAACUCUGACCAGCCUAUCGAUCAUCAAGCGAGUAUUACAUAUGCUGGAUUGAGGGAGAAAUUGAAAAAGAUUAUUGCUUCCGAUUACUUCACUGCUACACCGCAGAUGAAGGGGCCGGGGGAGGUUGCGGCUGCAGCUGCAGUUGGGAAUUUUGGGUCUUUUCAGGUUCCGAUGCACGAGUCUAUGGUGCCCGUUGAAGUGCCGGUGCAAAUAGAGGGAUCUGCUGAGCAAUACCCGGAUUCGGAGGAGAAUUUGGCUAAUUAUGAAGGAUAUGAAACAGGGGAACAACAAAUUGGUGGUGCCGAGGAAUUUCAAAAGGAUGACUUAGAAGGAGAAAAUCCCCCAGAAGCAGUCUCAGCUCAAACAGAACAAGAACAAUUACAGGCUGAAGAAGAGCAUGGCUAUAGAAAUGCAGACUUCAAGGAGCAGCAGUACUUUCCUAGACGAGGUUCAAGAGGUGGCCGUGGUGGUGGUCGUAGAGGUUACCCUAAUGGCCGAGGAGGCAGGGGUACUGGUAGGGGAGGUGGACCUUACCAGAAUGGGCGCGGUCAGUAUUACGACAAUUACAUCCCUAGAAACUACUACGCUAAAAGAGGUGGCAGGGGAGGAGGAGCUGGUGGUAAUGGUGGGAACACGUACCACAACUCUCCAUCUGCAGCCGAAGGCAACCACACUCAAGCAAAUAUGGGGGUUGCAUCGUAACAUGAGCAAAAUGGAAUGUAUUUUGGUUAGUGGCUCGUUGUUGGUGGGUUCUGGUGAUGUUUUUGCUGUGCAAUAGGCGUAGUAGCAUUACUGCAUUUGUAGGUCUAUUUAUGAAUUCACCAAAAGUUCUGUGAAUGGGUUGGUUUUUCACUAAACCUUCUAAUAUAGCCUUUAUUUGCUGGUUGAUAAUA